AUGAAUUUGUCUAUUGUUUCUCAAUGUGCCAACGACAUUCAAAUGAAAAGUAAAAUAUCAUUUUUGUAUCGGUCCAAUGCUUACAUGAAUAAUGUUUUUACAAUUGUCACGUGGAUUUUAACCGCUAUGGCAUUGAAACAAUUAUGUAAAAGAGCAAUAUUUCCAAAAUCUACACAUGUUCUGAUGAUUCUCAGUUUGAUUGUUACCAGCAUACAUGAAUUAAUUUAUGGAAUAGUACAGGUAUCAUGA